AUGCAUCGGCAUCAGCAUCGCAGCCAGAACUUGAUCACGUUUACAGUGAAACCCGGGAGCGAGACGGGACUGUACUAUAUUACAGUUGCCAACCUCGCUCACAGCACGACAUGGCGGGAUCUCAAGGCCUUUGCGGCGCAAGCCUGCGAGGUUGACCAUGCCGAGGUCUACCCGCCUACCUCUGGCUUCGUUCGACACCUCGACGGCAACACUCUCGAGUACCGCGCUCUUCAAGCUGAUGGCAGGAACGUAAACCAAGAUACUGUUGUCAAGCUUCCGCCUACCGAUUACCACGCAGCCAGAAUUCUUCGAGGCGACACAGGCAGGAUAUUCAGCGAGGACGGCUCUCCGAUUCUAGGGCCCAGCGCUGCAACGGGAGCGCCUCCCGCCGGAGCAGGGGCUGUCGCGGGAAGCCCUCCCAGUUUGGAUUACCAGGGCAGCGCGAGCCCGGCCUUCAGCCUGACGCCGCCAGCGGACUCGCAUUGGGCUUACAUUGCGUCCGCCUCGUAUGUCCCUUCGGAAGGCUAUCAAGCGGCGACUGUUGGCGCAACUCCCCCGCCGCCUGGCUCCGUGCCGUUCGAGAUGAUGACUGGUCCGGCCCAUGCUUUUCCCCAUCGGAUUCUAAGCAGCGCCCAACUUCCUGGUCCACCGCCCGUGGGAUACCAGGCACUAGCCGCGCAAGCCCCAUUUGGGAGCUCUCCUGCAUACUACUCGGGAGGAGGAGGGUACGACGUUGGCGGACACGCCUACCCGGGAUACAUCCCGCCAACAGGGCAUGAGGGCAGCCGUGCGUAUGCCGCGGGUUACAGCGGCAUCUGGCCGUCGCCCGAGCCAGCCCAACCACCGGCGCUGCCACCACUCCCCCCACCACCACCAUCAACAUCAACAUCAACAGGCGGACCAGGCCCGAUCCUGCACAGCGCCAGCGACCGGCCCGCCGUCGUCAUCGAGCAGCGCAAGAUCAUCAUCCGCUACCUCGCGCGCGACGGGCUCUCCGAGUCGGUCGUCGCGGGCCUCGUCGCCAGCCACACGGGGCUCGGCGCGCGCCCGGGCGAGAUCGAGCGCGUCGAGCUGCCCAUCAACAAGGACGGCCGCGCGCGCGGCACCGCCUUCGUCACCUUCGCCGCGCCCGCGCUCGCCAGCGCCGCCGUCGCCGCCCUCGACGGCCGCGAGGUCGCUGGCAGAAAGCUCUCGGCCCGCCUGGCCGAGGGCGUGCCGCCCGCCGGGGCCGGCGGUGGCAGCAGCAGCAGGGGGCAGGGUACCAGUGGCGGUGGCGGUGGCGGUGGUGGUGGGGGCAAGGCGUCGUCGAGAUCCGGGAGUGGUGGUGGUGGUGGUGCUGCUGCGGCGACGUCGCAGCCAGCAUAUGCUUCCGGUUCGUCGGGAUCCGGUUCCGGCUCGGCUGCCGCGGGCAACGGAGGAGGAGGCCAGAAGUCGCGGAAGGAGGAGCCGCCGGUCAUCGUGGACGGGAGCGGAGGGCGGUGGAAGAAGGGGCUCGCGCCCGUCGUGGUGGAUGGCAGCGCGGGCAAGAAGGGGAAUAACGGUGGGCAGCGGGGUGCGAGGCACUGA